CUUUUCCCAAAGCGCGAGUGAAUUCUACGAGGUAGAUCCUUCAAUGAUAAACGGAGGAAGCAUGGCGCGUCCGUUGAGCUACCUUCUCGCGAUCGUAUGCAUUGCUUACGUAGCGAUCGCGGAAAAGGAAUCGAACAUCCUCAAGCUGAGCAAACCGCAAAAAGCUGCUUCGAACGGGACUACAACGACAAAUUUCAACGUAACGGAAUACACGACAGAGAAGAAUGAAUCUGGAAAGCGGCCGUCUCUAAUUGCCUUCAGCAAGAAUAACCCGGAGCUGGACUGGAAGAAUUACUUGAAGACGUUCGACAGGAACGAGGAGGAACACCGGGAUCUCGACGUCGACUUUAUGAAGGAGAAACUCGAAAGAACGGCUAAUAGUAUACAAUGGCUCGCCGAUCUUUACGAUCCUCUCAGAUGGGCUAGAGUGCCCGGAGAACUUCAGGACGAAUGUCGAAGGGACAUGGAAAGAUUUCUCAGCGCGCUGAGGGACGGGAAACUCUGGGCGGCGAAAAUGUCGGACGCGAGUGGCCGCUACUCCUCGCAAUUUCACUUCGGUAAUGGCUUCUGGCUGGGCUCCAUCACCCUCUGCAAAGAGCUCAAUAACACCGACAGAAAAGCUAUAAUGAGCGCCGAGGAGCAGCCACCUUUUUCCCUAAGAUUUCACGUCGCAAGAUUGUAUCUAGACCUCCCGAAGGAGGUCGACUUUUCGACACGUCAGGUGUUUUUGGGUCUCUGUCUACCGGGUACAUGCGAUCGCGCAUCCCUGACCUCGAUGCUAAGGGCCAGCGCUGAUAGAGUCGAGCGCGAGGGCAAUUCGACCUAUCGAUCGAGCGGGCCGAAAAUUCACGUUGUUACGGUGAAGCCUGUGCCAUCCAGCAAUUACUGCGCCUGGCAAGAUCCCAAAUUUUACGUCCUCUCAGCCAUCGGCGGCGCGAUAUUGAUGCUGAUGAUCUGCGCGAUGGCGUACGAGUACAGAUCGCCAAUUCCUGUCGCAAGGGACAUCGAGUCUUCGAGCGUGUCGAAUAACAAUGACAAGAGCAACGAUUUCAUGGACAAGAAUCUGAACCAAGAGCGCAGAAUCUCGAUGGGACAGGAGAACGAUCAGGAGCUGAUCGAGAAAGGGACGAAGCGGCCGCAAAAAGAGAGCCCCGUUCAAAGGAAGGAUUGCAGCCAAGGAUUCUGGCUGAAAUUUUUGCUCGCGUUCAGCCCGAUCGUCAACGGAAGUAAGAUCAUCAGCACCGAGCCUGCGGCGAAAGACAGUCUGACUUGUCUCCACGGUCUUCGCGUGUUCUCCUUGGGCUGGGUCAUCAUGGUGCACACCUAUAUUCAGGUCUUCUCCAUCGCCGAGAACAAGACAUUGCGCACGGUCACCGAAAGGAACUUCAUGUUCCAGACCAUCAGCAACGCGACAUUUUCCGUCGACACUUUCUUCUUUAUUAGCGGCCUGCUGGUGACUAUACUCUUCUACCGAUCCCUGGGCAAUCACAAUAUCGAGAAGAGCAACUUUGCCAAGGCGAGCUUCACCAAAUUCGUCAUCAUGGUUUUAUACCGAUUUGUCAGAUUGACACCGGCUUACCUCUUUGUGCUGGGGAUGAACGAGAUCGUUAUGAAACAGGCUCAGGCGAAGACGGUCUUCUCGCCUAUUAUUAUCGAUCACCUGACCUGCGAGAAGUUCUGGUGGCGAAACGCGCUAUAUUUGAACUCGCUAUACCCGCGUACGGAAAUGUGCAUGCUGUGGAGCUGGUACAUGGCAAACGACACGCAGUUUUACGUCCUUGGGAUACUUCUUCUUUUGCUCUCCGUGAAAUAUUUCAAGACCGCGGUCGCUAUCGUCUCGCUGUUGAUCGUCUCUUCGUGGUUCACUACGUUCUCGAUAGCCUACAGCAACGAUUACAUAGCCAGGAUCCAAGAGCCGUUUGCUCUAUUCGACGAGCUCUACGAUAAGCCCUGGCUGAGAGCGGGCCCGUAUUUCAUCGGCACGAUUAGCGGUUACAUACUCUUCAAAACCAAGUGCCAGCUGAAGCUGCCUAUGGGAGUGGAAUUGAUCGGCUGGAUACUGUCCAUGGCCAUCAUGUUCUCGGUAGUGUACGGACUAUAUCCCGGAAAUUUGACGGUGAUGGUGAGCUCCGUAUACGCUGCCUUGGGACACACCGCGUGGGCGAUGGCCGUGGCUUUUAUCGUGAUCCAAUGCUGCACAGGGUCGGCACGAAUGAUCGACAGUUUGCUUUCGCUUCGACUAAUGUAUCCUCUCUCGAGACUCACGUACUGCGCCUACCUUGUGCAUCCUGUUAUCAUGAUGAUCACGACUACACAGAUGGACGGACCGCUGCAUCUUCACAAUGGGAUUGUGCUGAUCCUCUAUUUUGGCAAUUUAGUAGCCUCGUACCUGCUGUCGUUCUGUAUUUCUCUCGCCUUCGAGGCGCCAGUGGUAACAUUGUUGAAAAUUGCAUUCACCUCGAAGAAGAGGGCGAGGUAGAAUGCGAUCGUUCGCCCGAUACAGAAGGAUAAAUGCGAUUAUCCAGCGCAGUACUGACAUUGCUCCAAAUCUGAAUCUCAAAGAUAAAAAUCGCCCGACACCUUUCCAGGAUGGAAAAGUUCAUCUUUACUU